UGGAAGAGUCGGGGUUGUGCUCCCCAGCAGCUGGGCCAGGGCAGCUAUGGGGUGUGGGGACAGGACCCCAGCCAGUGUGUAGUGAAGUCUGAGCUCCUGGGCUCAGAGAGCCAUGAAGGGCCUGGAAGGAGGGACAUGAGGGGAACAGCUGCUAAGUGUCUCCCAGCCAGGCGCUCACUGGGUGCUUUUUGGGCUGAGCGUUUACCGAUUUCCUGCAGAGUCUAAUCCGGAGGCCCAGGCAGGGCCUGAGGGGCUGCAUCUCUUCUGUGCCCAGGACCACACUUUGAGGGCAAAGCCCAAGGCUUCUCUACUUGGCAUCCCAAUGGACCUGUGAGUACUGAGGGUCCCCUCUCAUGGGCAAAAAACAGGCUCAACUUACCUCCCAGGGCCAUUCGCAAAGCCCUGCUCCCUGCCCUCCACUGUGUGGGGGAAACAACACCCUGGAGUCCUCACCCCACCAAGCCGUGUGGUCUCCACCCACUGGGGUCUGCCAGGUCCUCGAGUUCAGACCCUCCUGUCUCAGCUGGCCUCUUGCCGGAGCUUCCGAGCUUGCCCACAGCAGCAUCUAAAGAUAGCCAACCUCACAGGAAACCAGCCACUAUUGGCUGGCUUCGCAAAUAAAGAUGCCCUGGGAGCCGGGAGAGGGAGACACUCUGACAGAGUCUGCGUGGGACAGGGUGGCUGAUUGGACACCAGAGUUCCCUUCCCAGGCUCAGCCCAGGUCACUUUGACAGAGAUAAAUGCUGUAAAGCGCCCUGAAGAGGAAUGGAAGGGAGGCGCUCAGACCCAGAACACGGCAGGGUCUGCAGAGGGGCAGUUUCCCCUGAUGGGGGGGUAAUUCCGUGUUGCUCCAGGCCUUCACCAUGCCCACCCAAUCCCUUGACUCGGUUUUGGAAGAUUUUGAGUUCUACGAGCUUGCAGGAGCCUGUGACAUGGGGGACAUCGUGGCCUUCAGGAAUAUCUUCCUGUCCAUAGUCUACUGCCUGGUCUUUGCCUUGGGGCUGGUGGGAAACUUGCUGGUGGUGUUUGCUCUCAUCAACAGCCGGGGGCCCAAGAGCAUCACCGACAUUUACCUCCUGAACCUGGCCCUGUCAGACCUACUCUUUGUAGCCACGCUGCCCUUCUGGACUCACUAUCUGAUAAGCCAGCAGGGCUUUAACAACGCUGUGUGCAAACUCACCACCGCCUUUUUCUUUGUGGGCUUCUUUGGAGGCAUAUUCUUCAUCACCAUCAUCAGCAUUGACAGGUACCAGGCCAUUGUCCUGGCUGCCAACUCCAUGAACAGCCGGACCGUGCAGCACGGCGUCACCGUCAGCCUCAGUGUCUGGGCAGCUGCAGCCUUGCUGGCCACGCCCCAGUUCAUGUUCACAAAAGAAGCCGACAAUGAGUGCUUUGGAAACUUCCCCGAGGCCCUGGAGGAAAUCUGGCCUGUGCUCCGCAACAUGGAGGUCGUUUCCAUUGGCUUUCUGCUGCCCCUGAUCAUUUUGACUUACUGUUACUUCAGAAUCAUCCGCACACUGUGUUCCUGCAAGAACCACAAGAAAGCCAAAGCCAUCAGACUGAUCCUCCUGGUGGUCAUCACGUUCUUCCUCUUCUGGACACCCUACAAUGUCAUGCUUUUCUUAGACACACUCGAUCUGUAUGACUUCUUUCCCAGCUGCGACGUGAAGCGGACUUUGAGGCUGGCCAUCAAUGUGACCGAGACUAUUGCAUUCACCCACUGCUGCCUCAACCCCCUUAUCUAUGCAUUUGCUGGGGAGAAGUUCAGAAGAUACCUGUUGCACCUGCACAAGAGGUGCCUGGCUGGCCGGCGUGGCCACCCUGCCCACGUCAGCUUCACCCCGUGGGAAUCCCAGAGCAGCAGGCGGGAGAGCAUGCUGAGCAGCAGUCUCACUCACAACACCAGUGAAGGAAAAACAUCCAUCCUUCUCUGAAAGGCCCCAGAGCCUCAUCCCUACAGAGCCUGCGGUUCCUGAGUUGCACACCGGGUAACAGGGACAGACUUUAUUUCUUACAUGCAAGAAAGGAUGGACCCGGUGCCCAAAACGCAGCCCUAAGGUUUUUUUGAGAAUUAUCCUAAAAAUUUGAAAGCUAAAGGGUAGGCUUGUCUCUUACUGCAAAUGUCAGGACUUUUUUGUUUACAAAGGACAAAAAUUUAAUCAGACCAGCUUAGCUAAAAGGGAGGUGGUGAGAAUCAUUCACAUAGUGGCAUGGGCAAGGGUGUGGCUGAGCCCUCAGCAUGAGGGGAAAUGAGGGCUUGCAUCUAGCCAGAAUUUCCUCUCUGACUCUCAGGUUUCUGAGAGGUGACAGAGCUCCCAGACUCAAAUAACACAGCUUUGUCAUUGAAAGCGAGUGAGACCCAUCCCUUUCUCUGGUCCCAAGGUCAGAAUUCCCAGGGAGGGUUCUGACUGACCAAGUUUGUAUCUGAUCCCCUCCGGCCAGGUGGUGGUAUCCACAGGGAAGGGGUCCACAAGGUGAAGCUUCCAUUCCAACCUCACGGGUAGAGAUGCCGGAGGACAUAGUUCCAAGAAGCUUGGUAGGGGGUGGGCAGGUACUGUUCUGAUCAGAGAGAACUUUUCCAUUGGCAAAGCAGCUCAGCCUCCCCACUGGUCACACCAGCCAGCACACACACACCACCAGCCUCCUCUUCCUGAAACCCCUGCUCUCGUGUCCC